UGUUGGUGAAAGGAAGAAUUAUUAGUGAAUUAAUGCUUUAUUUUAAAUUUGGGAAUGAUAUGUUAUUGAGUUUAUUAGUGAAUUGUUAUUGGUGAAUAAGGUUUUUGUGAAUUGUUACUUUAUUAUAUUUCAGAAUCAUGAAAAGAAAAUAAGAGAGUACUUUCUUAAUCUUUUUCAAAAGGAACACCUAAUAAAAAUCAAGUUAAAUGAUAGUAAAUUGGUUAGGUUCCACUGAUUGCAUAUGGUUUUGAGAAAGAUUUGUUUUGUGAUGUUGAAGUUGAUACGAUUGUAAAUUGGUUCCAAAAUUUGAGAACUCAACAUGAAUAAUUGUGAUUUUUUUUAUUAUUGACUUCAAAUUAAAUUUGUAUUUGCAUUGUGUAACAUUUUGAAUUUAGUAGUUAUGAUUUUUUUUUUUUGACUCGAUAGUAUUGUGAAAAUUACGCUACCCCUCAUCUCGAAUCCUGGAUCCGCCCAUGUAAGAAUAGAUGUUAUUUAGAAAAAAAGAAAUUUAGAAGAGACAUAAAACCAUGAGAGUAGAGCACCUAUAGAAAUGCGUUGCGGGAAUUGUGACGAGCUGGUACGCUUCCCCGCGCUUUCCUAAAAUAGAAGAUCUCACUAUUGCGAAACAUCCAAAGUUUGUAGGAAUUGCGCUGAAUCGCUGAUCAUUGUUUUAACCUGUAAUUUUGUAAACUGUGUCUUACUGGAAAAUAUAGUAUAAAAUUAUUUAAAGUGGGGCACGUGCGUCCAAGACCACUAUAUAUUCAGGUCCACCUAUUGUGAGUUUGUACUUUGUGACGAGUGUCGAUGAAGAUUAUGCUAUGCCCAGUUGUAGCAAUUUUAGUCGCCAUACUUGACCAGUUGACUUCUUCCAUCAUCUAAUUUUCAAAUCAAUCACAAUUUAGUCUAAAUCCUAGAUAGUAUCCACUUAGAUUUCAUAAGACUAUAAGAGUACGAUAUAUUCUUUAAACAACUUCAAAGUAUUCCCUCACAUUUCUUAAUAUACAAGUUACAACCAUGGCUUGCUUCUACCGCUACCACCUCAACUUCUUUUCUCUCCUCCUCCUCCUCCACCUUUCACUCACUUCCGCAGCUUCCUCAUUCCGCCCCAACGCUCUAGUCCUCCCAGUCUCAAAAGACCCUAAUACCCUCCAAUACACAAUCAAGCUUACCCAAAGAACUCCUCCUGUCUCCGUCCCCUUAACACUCCACCUCGGGGGCCAAUUCCUGUGGGUCGACUGCGACAAAAAAUACGUAUCCUCCACGUACCGCCCCGCUCGCUGCAACUCCGCACAAUGCUCUCUUGCCAACUCCAAGUCUUGCGGUACUUGCAAUUCAUCCCCUAGACCCGGGUGUAACAACAACACCUGCGGCCUCUUUCCUGACAACCCCUUCACUAACACCGCUACUAUUGGUGACCUCUCCUCAGAUUUAGUCCGAGUAGCUUCUACCAAUGGCUCUAACCCUGGCCGAGUCGUUUCCAUGCCCCAUUUCCUCUUCACUUGCGCCCCCACAUUCUUACUACAAGGCCUUGCAAAUGGAGUGCAGGGGAUUGCUGGGUUCGGAAGGACUAAAAUUUCUCUGCCUUCGCAAUUUUCCUCGGCUUUUAGUUUCGCUAGGAAGUUUGCAAUUUGCUUGUCUUCAAGUGGGGUUGUUUUCUUCGGGGAUGGACCUUAUACAUUCCUACCCCGUGAUGAGGAAGUCUCUUCCCGGCUUACAUUUACUCCUCUGAUAAUUAACCCUGUUAGUACUGCGGGUGCCACUGUCGCAGGCGAGCCAUCAUCAGAGUACUUUAUUGGUGUGACGAAGAUUAAAAUCGGCGAAAAAGAGGUUGCUGUAAACAAGAAAUUGUUAUCUAUUGAUAGUGAAGGAAACGGUGGGACGAAAAUUAGUACGGUUAACCCUUAUACCGUGAUGCAGAGUUCUAUCUAUAAAGCUGUGAGUGACUUCUUUGUGAAGUAUGUUGGCGACAUCCCAAGAGUUAAAGCAGUCGCCCCCUUCACAGUGUGCUACGGUCCUAGGUCGUUUUCGUCAACAAGAGCUGGGCCUGGGGUACCUGCUAUUGAUUUUGUGCUGCAGAAUGACAAAGUGUACUGGAGGAUGUUUGGAAUGAACUCAAUGGUGCAGGUAAAUGAUGAUGUUUAUCAUCUAUGUCUCGGUUUUGUGGAUGGCGGAAAGAGUCCAAGGACAGCAAUUGUAAUAGGAACGUAUCAACUAGAAGAUAACUUUCUGCAGUUUGAUUUGGCCAGAUCUAGGCUUGGAUUUACUUCUUCCUUGCUGUUUCUUCAGACUACUUGUGCCAACUUCAACUUUACUUCUAGUGUGUGACAAGUAUAAGAGAUAUAGGAAUGAUAUUGUGGAGAGGCAGAGAGCUAUCUUAUAAAGUUGAAAGAAAUAAGUUGAUAUAAGAUGACUAGUUUUAUAUGCACGCGAUGCCUGCGAAAAUACGUAGAAAAUUAAUUUUUUUUUUGGGGAUGUAGAAAAUUAAAUUAGGCAUAUUUGAAUUGUUGAUGGUUUUCUUUUUUGUCUUUUUUUAUUUUUUAAAUUAAUCAGGUAAUUUUUUUAAUUUUUAAUUUUUUAAUUAAAGUAAAUAGUUAGAAUAUAGAUGUAACGAGGGUGAAAUGGGGUUUCUAAUAUUUUGGUGUCCUACCCCUCUUCCCAUAUAGAAUAGAGAUGUGUGUUCUAAUAGUAUGUAUAAAUUAGGCCCUGAUUGUAUAACGAGUUGAAUGAUGAUAAGUAGAUGUUUAAUUUGUGAAUGACUAAAUGUCAUAUACAUUUUGUAUAUUUCGGUACUACGCCCUCUCUUAAACAAAAAUAAAUAAAAUAAAGGUUCAAUAAUAUUGUCUAACAUGGGACUGUUAAUCUUAAUUUGUAUUUCGCGAUUACAAACUUUACUGAAAGAAGUUUGAUGUGGUUAGAAAUAUUUUAUUUUUAUUUUCUCUAAGAAGUGAUUUUUUUUUUUUUUUUUUUUGAGGAAAUAAAGAUAUUAUGCUAAUAGUAUUCUAGAGAAUAUGUUAGAGAAUGAAGAUACAAUAUCCUAAAGAUACACAUGAUAUCCUAAAUAUACUAGAUUACAAUAACUGGAAUAUUUGACUAAGAUAUACUCAAUAUAUCUUCUACACGCCAACCGCAAGACAAUCGAUCGGGACGAGAGACCAGUCUUGGUCAAAAGUAGAGGAUGUAGCAAACACUAAAGGUGAAGAUGUGGGUUGUACCAUUCAAGAAGUUGUCAGCGCUCCAAGACGAGGUUGUUGAAACCCAUUAAAUGCCCACUUGUGAGUGUCCCACAUUAGAGAAAGAGGAGAGAAUAAACCACUUUAUAAGAUUAGGAGUUACUCCUCCUAUCACCAAUUGGU